AUGGUUGGUCAAACUGCUAUGAUGGCAGUGAUGAGUGGUAUUGGAACUGUCGUAUGUGUCAACAUAGUUAUGUCAUAGAUGUAGUUCUUUGCUAAUUGUUAAUUUAUUGUCUCCCACAGCUAGAGAUUAUGUUUUCACCAUUGAAUUGUUUAAGAGGAGAUUUUUUGUAUGUUGCGUAACACGCGCUCAAAACUAAUGCGUAUACUAUAAUACACCAUUUGAGGUUAUGACUAAAUUCAAAAUUUUUAUUUUUCGAUACGUUUCUCAAUCGACAAACAAACUUAAAAAGAAUGUUUGGUCCUUUAUCUGUAAAAUAAUGCUAAAAUGAAGAGAUUUUAGAUGGUACGCCAAAGAGAAAAUUAUGUCUGAAGUUGAGUAAGUUUUGCUUAUAUGGCUGUAAAUAUAUGGCGUUAAUUUUAAAGCAUCAUUGAUAAUUGUAUUUUAAUUGACAAUUUUUAACUAUUAUUUUAUGUUUCUCAACCGGCAAAUGCGUUUAAAAAGGUUGCUAACUCUAUAAACUAGAGAAUAAAGCUAAAACAAAGUAAUUUUGAGAGCGGAACGCCAAAAAGAUUUUAGGUUUUGAACACACUUCAUUGCAAAUACGUGACGUUGAAAAAAAUUGCCUCUUAAUUAGAGAGUUUUAUAAUAAAGCUUGUGGCCGUAGGAUAAGGAAAAAUCGUUGGAAUUUUUGGGGAAAUUGUUGUUCAUGACCCCAAUGGCAACCAUAAUCCAAAUGAAAGAUUUAGGUUGUUGAUUUUCUCUCUACAACAGAGUAAUGUAUUGAAUUUUGUGAAACUUUUGUUUAUGGUCUUGUCUUUGAAAUAUAAAGCUGCUAAGUUGUGCUCUCUGUAAGUGCGCUCUCAUCAAGUCUUUAAACAAUGACUUUUUCAGGACAUUCUACCAUGAAUGAGACAUUCUUCUACUGUAGAUGUACAAAGUACAUGAACUAUUUUGAUGCGUGUAAUCUGGGUUUAAUUGUAUCCUUAAAAGUGUACUUAUUGUAGACAUGCACAUGCAUGGGUAAUGAAAUAGGAAUUGUCUAUUUAAACGAAAUUCAGAAAUUUCUUGGUUAUCGUGAAAGAUGAGUUCCAGUGGAGCUAACGUAGAGCAAAAUUUUUGAGCAUGGAUGUAUGAUGCAGAUGCCUAAAAAAUAAGGGCAAAAUUUAAGGUUUUCCACUGUCCAUCUUGCAUGCCCAGUUGCUAUAAAAUGCGGAUGAAAUGCUGCUGUGAUAAGAUUUUUGUCUAGGCUUGUCUAUACAUCAAAAUUUUGUUUAUUAGGCAUAUAGGUCCAUUUGAAAGGUAAAAUGCCAAUGCCACAAUAUGGUCAAAAGACCUCAGUAAAAAAAAUCCUUUUCCACUCAAAAACCAAUUCGCCAGCUCGUUGCAAAUACUUUCGUCCAAUCGCAAUGCUUGACAGUUUAUUUUAAUUAGAUGCAACCACUUGCAAGAAGCUUGCUACUUGGUUUUGCGAUAAAUGGAAAGAGCUUAAGCUUGAAAUAAUAAACUGAACAAGUAAUAAACGAUUAAACGCAAGACAAUUGCAAACAUCAACGCCAUUCUUUCAGCUAUGACACUUAUAUACAACAUGUAUGUAUUGGUAGACAAAUUUCAAGCGUGUAUCACACGAAGUUUGCGUAUCUUCAUAAAGCAAUUUACAGGAAACAAGUUUUGGUUAUUGAAUGUUCGCAGGUUAUUAUUAUGAAACUCAAAUUUUAUGUACCUUGUACUAGCGCAUGCAUGUAUAUUUGAGGGCGCUUAUAUGCAAAAGAAUAGAGUAUGUCACAAUUUUUGUUUAUUCAUGCAUAGCACGAACAACAACCUGGAGACCACGGACAACAUCAUGGCCCACCUGGAGACCACGGACAACAUCAUUGUACACUUGGAGACCACGGACAACAUCAUGGCCCACCCGGAGACCAUGGACAACAUCAUGGUACACUUGGAGACCACGGACAACAUCAUGGCCCACCUGGAGACCACGGACAACAUCAUGGUACACUUGGAGACCACGGACAACAUCAUGGCACACCUGGAGACCACGGACAACAUCAUGGCACACCUGGAGACCACGGACAACAUCAUGGCACACCUGGAGACCACGGACAACAACAUCAUGGCACACUUGGAGACCACGGACAACAACAUCAUGGCACACUUGGAGACCACGGACAACAACAUCAUGGCACACUUGGAGACCACGGACAACAACAUGGCACACCUGGAGACCAGGGACAACAACAUGGCACACCUGGAGACCACGGACAACAUCAUGGCACACCUGGAGACCAGGAACAACAUCAUGGCACACCUGGAGACCACGGACAACAUCAUGGCACACCUGGAGCACAUCAAGAUCUUGUCACUACUGGGAGUUCCGCUGCAGAAAUGGUCAAUGUAUUGAUCGAUCCUCGUUAUGCGAUAGUGGUUAUGACUGUUAUGAUGGAAGUGACGAAGACUGGUAUAAUUCUACUACGUCAUCAGUCACGUCACUACGGAGUCACAUGA